AUGAGGUCUUUCAUCCCACUUGUAGCCCUUCAAGGGCUCUUCGCUCUCUCAGCAGAGGCCCAGAACCCUCACCACGUCGUGGACCCGGCACUCUUCCCCGGCAUCACUCCAAGCACUGACCUCGUCUGGCAUGACUGCUACACAGUCUUCAAGUGCGCUCGGUUGACCGUCCACGCCAAAGCCGCCGACCCCCGGAAACCCAAGAAAGUCGAAGGAAACUGCGGUCAACCAACCGUCGACCUCGCCGUCGUCAAGCUCCCCUAUGUUCCCGUUGCCGGCGGUCCCGCGCACCAGGGUGCCGUCCACAUAUCCCUCGGUGGCUGGAGCUCGUCGUCUACCAACUUCCUCGUCCGCUUCGGCGAAGACUACGCUCCGCUUUUCGCAGGUUACGAUCUCCUCGCCAUCGACUACCGCGGCUGGGGCUGGUCGACCCCGGCCUUCCGCUGCUUCGCCUCCGAGGACGAGCGCAAGCAGUUCGCGCUCUCCGAACCACAGCUCCUUGGUGCCGAUGACGCCGCUUACGCCGCGAGGGAGAAGCGGGCGGAGGAGCUUGCGAAGAAGUGCAAGAAGAACGGAGAGGAUGUCGGGAGGUUCAUGGGCACGUACUCCAAUGCUAUGGACCACUACACCAUCAUGAGGGCUGAGAACCGCACCAAGAUGGGGUUCUGGGGCAUCUCGUCGGGAGCGCAUCUUGGCCAGACUAUCGCACAGGUGUACCCCGAGGUUGUCGACAAGUUUCUCUUUGACAGUCCUGCCCCAUCCUCACUCGCAUAUACCGUCACGACGGCUCAGCCCUCUCAGGUCAAAGACGCAGAGCGCGGCCUCGAGGCCUUUUUCUACACAUGUCUCAAAGCACCAGCAGGGAACUGUUCCUUCGUAGGACCCUCCACGACGACAGCCCAGCUCCGAGGCCGCUACAACGCCCUGAAGGCCAAACUGAAAACCAGCGCCCUGGCAGUUAACGGCACGGGUAAGAAGUUCGACUGGUCGGCCCUCCACACAUUCCUUACUAUAGCCCUCCACGUUCCCGGCUGGUUUCCCGUGCUGGGCGGCGUCUUGUCCGAGAUCGAAGCCGGCGGGGCGGGUGCCUGGAUCGGGUACGUCGCGACAAACGUCCUCAAUCAGCCCCCUGCGCCGCUACCCCUUCUCACCGAAGAUGCCCCCUUCGAAGGGAUCCUCGCAGGCGUCUGUAACGACGAGAGGCAGCACCUGAAAGGCAGCAAGGACGACUUCAAGACAUACUUCAAAUCCAUGACCGAGGCGGCGCCCAGCGUGGCGGCCAUCUUCUCCGAGUGGCGCCUUGUAUGCUCCAAGUGGAAGAUCGACCCGGUCAACGUGCUUGAUGACAAAGGUAGCGCGUUCCGUGGCCCCGUCAAGACGCAGGGCAAGUUCGUGGUGGUCAACGGCGUCGGCGACCCGGCGAGCAGCGUCGAGGGGGCCAAGGGCGUCGCGGCGCGGUUCUCGCCGAGUGUGCUCGUCAAGACCCUUGCUGCGGGGCAUACGAGCUUCACGGCGACCAGCGACUGUCUCUUUGGAGUGUUUUAUACGUUUUUUGUGCUGGGGCAGAUGCCGGCCGAGGGGACGACGUGCGGUAACUUGUUUUCUCCGCCGUUUGGCGUCCAGCUGCCUUCUGGGUUUUAG